CCCCCUCCAUCUCUGAUGGCUCUAUGGGGCGUGGUCAGCCUCAGCCUUCACUGCUGGGUGUGUUUAGGGUCUGUCGCCACGGCAGCAGCGGCCGCACCCCCCAGCCUCCCCAAUGAGAAGCCCGGGGGCCCCCUGGACUGGCUCCUGUCCGACAAGGGGCCCUUCCACCACUCCUCGGAGUACAUCGACUUUGUGGAGAAGAACCGGCAAGGCUUCUCCACCAGGUACAAGAUCUACAGGGAGUUCGGGAGAUGGAAGGUGAACAACCUGGCUGUAGAGAGGAGAGACUUCCUGGAGUCUGCCUUACCUCUGACGCCCGAGUUCAUCAGGAACAUCCGACUCCUGGGACGCCGGCCCACCACCCAGAUGGUCACUGACAACCUGAUCAGGAAGUACGGCACCCACUUCCUGUUGUCAGCUACACUGGGAGGAGAGGAGGCCUUGACGAUCUUCGUGGACAAGAGGAAGCUCAGUAAGAAAGCGGAGGUGAGCGAUUACUCGGGCAACUCCUCCGCCGUGACGCUGGAGGCUCUGCACCAGCUGGCCGCCUCCUACUUCAUCGACCGGGAGAGCACGCUGCGCAAGCUGCACCACAUCCAGAUCGCCUCCACCGCCAUCAAGGUGACGGAGACCCGCACAGGUCCUCUCGGAUGCAGUAACUAUGACAACCUGGACUCCGUCAGCUCCGUGCUGGUUCAGAGUCCUGAAAACAAAGUCCAGCUGCAAGGUCUGCAAAUGAUCCUCCCGGACUACCUGAGGGAAAGUUUCGUGCAGGCUGCUCUCAGCUACAUCGCCUGCAACGGAGAAGGCGGAUUCGUGUGCCGGGACAGCGACUGCUGGUGCGGCUGUGACCCCAAGUUCCCAGAAUGCAACUGCCCCUACAUGGACAUCCAGGCCAUGGAGGAGAGUCUGCAGAGGAUCACAGAGACCUGGGGGAUUCUCUACAAAGAGUUCGAGGAAUCAGAUGAAUUCAAGGGGUUCUACGCACGUCUGCCCCAGAGCUACUUCCUCAACGUGUCGACCAUCCAGCAUCUGUGGUCCCUGGACGGUUCGUUCCAGUGGCGCUACGAGCAGCUGGAGAACAGCAUGCGGGUCCUUUCCAGACGAGCGCAGCGGGUGAUCUUCAAGCUCUUCAGUCUCAGUAAAAGAUGUCACAAGCAGCCGCAAGUUCGACUGGCGAGGGACCGACCUCGGUCCUACUGGCUCAGUCAUUUCCAGUCCCUGCUGUACUGCUCGGAGAGUAACCAGCUCGGUGCCUUCUCCGAGGAGCUCCACAGCUGCAGCUGCAGAUACGAGCACAGCCCGUGUCAGCUGCCUCCGCCCUGCACCGUCGGGGAAGGCUCGGCGUGUGCGGCGUGUGCACCGGACAACCACACCCGCUGCGGGAGCUGCAACCCGGGCUUCGGCCUGGUGCAGGGGCUCUGCAGGCCCAUGGUGGCCGACUCCACGGAGAACUACCUGGGGUUCGAGACCGACCUCCAGGACCUGGAGCUGGGCUACCUCCUGCAGAGAGCCGACCGCAGGCUGGAGGUCCACGCCAUCUUCAUCAGCAACGACAUGCGACUCAACAGCUGGUUCGACCCCUCGUGGAGGAAGAGGAUGUUGCUGACCCUGAAGAGCAACAAGUAUAAGUCCAACAUGGUCCACAUGCUGCUGGGAGUGUCCCUCCAGAUCUGCCUUACUAAGAACAGCACCCUGGAGCCGGUCCUGACUCUCUACAUCAACCCCUUCGGAGGGAGCCACUCAGAGAGCUGGUACAUCCCCGUCAACGAGAACAACUUCCCGGACUGGCAGGCCAAGAAGCUGGACCUGCCCUUCGAGUGCUACAACUGGACUCUGACGCUGGGCAACAAGUGGAAGACGUUCUUUGAAACCAUUCACAUCUACCUUCGGAGCAGGAUAAAGACUCACGAGGGGGUGAACGACAGCGUCUACUACGAGCCUCUGGAGAUCACGGAUCCCGCUCGGAACCUGGGCUACAUGAAGAUCAACAGCAUCCAGGUGUUUGGCUACAGCAUGCACUUUGACCCGGAGGCCAUCCGCGACCUGAUCCUCCAGCUGGACUACCCGUACACCCAGGGCUCCCAGGACACGGCCAUGCUCCAGCUCCUGGAGAUCCGGGACCGGGUGAACCGGCUGUCGCCUCCCGGUCAACCGAGGCUGGACCUGUUCGCCUGUCUGCUCCGGCACCGGCUCAAACUGACUCCCAGCGAGGUGGUGCGCAUCCACGCCUCCUUACAGGCCUUCAGCUCACGUCUGCCCAAUUCUAUGGAUUACGAGACCACCAAGCUGUGCAGUUAA